AUGUUCCCCCAGAUUAAAAUCGCCACAAGGGACAGGGACGCCCAACGCUUUCUCUGGCGCGACAAAGACGGUGAGAUCAAGGAAUACCGCAUGUCAUCAAUGAUUUUCGGCGCGGUUUCGAGUCCUUUCAUUGCCCUUUAUAUCAAAAACAAAAACGCGAUGAUGCACGAAGGUGAUUCCGCUACCGCCUGCAAGGCAAUAAUAGAAGACCACUAUAUGGACGACUACCUCGGCAGCCACUCUAAUGUUGCCGAUGCAGCUCAACUAGCCGUCGACGUCAUUACAGUGCACAAGAAAUGUGGUUUCGAGAUGCGAGCGUGGACGUCUAACCAUCCAGAGGCACUCUCUAUUGUCCCGAAGGAACUUCGUAGCGACGCAACUUCUGAUGUUUACCUGCCUCCCAGUAGUGACGUCGGCGUCUUGGGCGUUAAAUGGAAUCCACGGCAAGAUUUCUUAGGGUUUCGUGGCGUACCUCAGAUACCGACCAGCAUUUUAACAAAACGCAUUCUGCUAUCGAACGUCAUGAAAGUCUAUGACCCUCUUGGCCUACUGAUGCCGGUCGUUAUUUGGGGUCGCAUUUUAAUUCAGAGAUUAUGGCGGGCAGCUAUUGGUUGGGACACAGACUUACCUGAGAUGUACAUAAACGAAUCUAAGGACUGGUUUGCACAGCUGCAGGUUGCAGCAGAUAUUAAAAUCCCUCGCUGGUACAUGGUCAGGUCAGAUUUGUCGGACGUUCAGCUGCACGUCAUCGCCGACGGUGGCGAACAAGCCUACGCCUGCGUUGCCUAUUGGCGUUUCACUUACAGCGAUGACUCUGUAUCGACAGCGCUCAUCGGUAGCAAGGCCCGAGUUUGUCCCCUGAAACCGGUUUCCAUCCCAAGACUGGAAUUACAAGCGGCGCUCAUUGCGUCGCGUUUUGCGCAGACAAUUCUGCAAGCCCACCGUUUCAAGCCCUCCGCAACCAUUUUCUGGACUGACUCAACCACUGUCCUAAAGUGGAUCCGGAGUGACGCUCGCGCUUUUAAACCUUUCGUAGCACACAGGUUGGGAGAGAUAUUGGAAACCACCAAUCCAUCCGAUUGGAGGUGGAUCCCUACCUUUCUCAACAUCGCUGACGAUGCGACAAAACCAAAACGAACUGACUUUACUGCAUCUCAUCGGUGGUUCACCGGCCCACAGUUCCUUGUUGAACCGUCCUGUACUUGGCCGACCGAACGCGUCAUUGACGAGGAAGAGAUCUCACCAGACCCUGAAUUAAAAUCAAAUCUGGUGGUUCUGCUGCUCGACACCCCACACUUGAAUUUGUUACCUGAUCCAACGCGUUUUAGCUCCUGGCUACGUUUACUACGUGCCACGGCCCGUUUUCUUCAGGGCGCACGCCUAUUCCGGCUUAAACUGUCUCGGCCAAUAGAUCCAAAUUCCAAACUUUACAUUGAUAACACCACGUCUCCCCACCAGCUUCACGCGGCAGAUAUAAUAGAAGCAGAGAAGAUGUUGGUCCGUCAUGCACAGAGAGAGAGUUUUCCUGAGGAAAUAUCGAACUUACGAUCUUCGAAGCCAGUGCCCAAGGAGAGUCGGAUUAAGAAACUCGCACCCACACUAGAUGGAGAAGGCCUAAUACGUCAAAACACGCGCAUAAGUUCCGCACCGGGAGUGAAUGACGAGAUGAAAUCACCCAUGAUCCUCGACGGCCGCCACUAUAUUUCACGACUCUUGAUCCUCCACGAACAUAUCAAAGCCGCGCAUCAGUUUAAUGAGCUCAUCCUGAAUGAACUUCGGCAAAGAUAUUCAAUCUUAAGAGCCAGAGGAACCAUCCGUAGCGUAGCAAGCGCCUGCUUGAAGUGCAAGAGAUGGAACAUGAAACCUAUCCAUCCUCAGACCGGCAACUUACCACCAGAACGUCUGGAUCACCAUAAAAGACCAUUCACCCACGUGGGUCUCGAUUACUUUGGCCCGAUCCUGGUAACGCUAUAUCGGCGGAGCGAGAAACGAUACAUUGCCUUAUAUACGUGCCUCACAACCAGAGCGCUUCACCUCGAAGUCGUGAACUCACUCACUGCAGAUAGUGCUAUAAUGAGCCUCAGACGCUUCAUUGCUCGCCGUGGAUCGCCCACCACCAUAUUUUCCGAUAACGGGACUAACUUUGUUGGCUCUUCCCGCGAACUGCGCACCCUACACGACAAUUCGGUCAUAGAUUACGCCACUAACCAUAAAAUUGACUGGCGUUUUAUACCACCUGCAUCCCCGUUUAUGGGCGGCGCCUGGGAGCGGCUUGUGCGGACGGUGAAAGCAGCCCUCAGAUCCUGCCUAACAAAUCGAUCAUUGAAGGAAGAGGUCCUGUCAACGCUCCUACUCGAGGCUGAAUCAAUAGUAAAUUCAAGGCCACUAACAUACGUCCCGUCUUCCCCAGAUGCACCAGAGGCAAUAACACCUUUUCAUUUCAUCCUGGGCUCCUCAUCAGUAGUACCAUGGACCACGUCGCUGACAGACGCAGAUCUAUCCCGACGAUGUGACUGGCGAAGAACCCUGCGCCUAGCAGAUCAGUUUUGGGCACGUUGGCUACGCGAGUAUUUACCGACGCUUCGACCGAGGGGACCCAACAACAACGCGUUAAAUCUUAGCGAGGGUGAUGUGGUGUUGAUCGCCGAUCCUACCCUUCCUCGUGGUUUGUGGCCACUAGGAAGGAUAGCAAAGGUUUACUUAGGACCCGACGGAGCGGUCCGCGUGGCAGACGUCCACACCAAAGGAGGCAUGCUACGCAGACCGGCCCGGAAACUUAUUCUGAUGGAGGCCGCACCUCAGCCAGUAGCCACCAGUGAUUAG